UUCUGUAUCUACUUCCGGAAAAGAGAAUUCGAGGAUUUAGAUUAAAACGGUAUGGAAGAGCUUAAUGUUAAACUACAGGGAGGGCACACCAAUUCAGCUCUUUGUGUUGAUGCUAAAGUUGAUGGUUCAAGCAUAAUUUCUGGGGGAGAAAACGGAGAAAUGUGCAUGUGGACCCGAGACGGUACACUCAGCCAUAAACUACAAAGUGAAAAUGAUGACUGCACUGGACUUUGUGUUUCCAAAACAAAAGAAAAUGUAUUCUUUGCAUCUUUAGGGAAUUCUGUGAAAAUAUUUGAUUCACGGAACUUGCAGGGUGCUGUAGAGUCAUAUCAGUUUAAUGAAGAGGAGAUAAAUCAGAUAGUUCUAGAUGAAAAGGAAAGUUUUCUUGCAGCGUGUGAUGAUUCUGGUGAGGUGAAGAUCAUUUCUCUGCAGGAGAAUAGGCUUUAUAAAACACUGCGAAGAAAACAUACAAAUAUUUGCGCUACAGUCUGUUUCAGAGUACGUAAACCUUGGGAAAUCUUUUCAGGAGGAAUGGACUGUAAUCUAAUUCACUGGGAUUUCUCGCGUCCAAAGUGCCUCAAUCAGUUCAAUAUGCAAGAAUUACAAGAUGCGCCUUCAGACCUGGGCGCCUAUAUGGUGAACCCACCGUUUGUACAUAACUUAACAGUGUCACCUGAUGGUAAAUACCUGGCAUGUGCACUAGAAAAUGGCUUCGUCUCUGUGUUUGAUGCAAGUAGAAGGAAUAUUGCAGAAAUUUGUACACUUCAUGCUCACACACAAGGAGUGUCACAAGUCAGCUUCGUCUCCGCAACAAAACUUCUGACAGGCGGAAACGACUGUUUGGUUGCAUCUUGGGAUCUUGCAAAAAUGAACAGUGGAGAUGAUUCCAGUCCAUCGUUGGAGACUAAUGGCCAUACUUCUCCAAUACAUAGCAGGAAUUCUCAGAUAACAGAUAACUGCAAACUUUCUGAAGUACAGCAUGCUUCAAAAAUUAACUGGAUGAAAUAUUUCAGUCAUUCAGGAAAUAGUUUUGUGGUUUUAGCUGAUCAAACUCCUGAUCUUACUGUUUUACCUGUACAAAUAUAGAAACAUGGAAAAUGGUUUUGACUAUUUUGUGCCCAUACUUUGAUUUAGGGUUUUGAGAACAGUUUAAAUUCUUUUCAGGUUAAAAAGACUUAGAUUAAACAGAUUAUUUUACCGAUCUAUGCAUUUACAGACAAAAAGGCAUUCAUAGAUUAUUGUAAGUAAAAUUGCGUGCCUCUGUUUACUGGUUGCAAUUAAUCUUGUUAAGUUUAAACUUAUUAGUCAGUGAAGGAAUAUAUUACUCUGUAUAAUAGCAUAGGUUCUAAGGACUUAAUGUUUGAAGAUACAGUGAAACACCGCUCGCUCGAGCAUCGAUGACUCGAGCACCCGGGCUCGCUCGAGCAAUUCAUGUGGUCCCGGCUGAUUUCCUUCUAUUUUCUAUGUGAAAUUACCAUGGCUGGGUCAAGCAUCGAUAACUCGAUCGCUCGAGCAUGACACCUGGUCCCUGCGUAUUAAUUUACUCUUUGUUGCUUAUGGCAAACUCUAGCAGAGGUGUCAAAAUUUUCACACCUUCGGCGGUCAGAAUGUAUCGGUUAAUUCAAAAUUUUCGCACACCGUGAGAAUUGCAUGAUCUAUUCCCCGACUGUCUUAAAUGUUUGUUUGUCGGUAGAUUUGAUCUGAUAAUGAGAUUAAUUAUUGAUGAAAGGUGGAAGAAAAAUUUUAUUGAUCAAAAUUGUUGUUAAUUAUUACUUUUUUCUGCGGGAUCGAGAAGAUAAUUAUGAGAUCUUAAUAUUUUAAUCAACAAUUGUUUGCAUGCAAAUAAAGCCUUUUCAUAAAAUUGAAACAAUAUUAUGAGAUCUUAAUUUGGAGAAGAAAAUUGCAAAUUCGAUUUCAGUAUUUCAAAUAAAAAAAAUGUCUUAGCUGUUUCUUCACAUGUGCCAUUUACGAUCUAUCAUAAAUAAUGUUUGUAAUACGUUUUUUGAAAAUGUCACGAGUGUUUUAUUAUUACGCAUCACCGUUCCCUCUGCAAAUGGUCUCGAUGACAAUUUGUAAACCAAACUUCAAUUUUCUUCGUAUGUUGGUCAAUGUUCGGGUCGCUCGAAACCAUGGAUAACUCGAGCAUUUUGCUCAUCCCCUUGCGACCUCGAGCGAGCGGUGUUUCACUGUAUUUCUAAAAUGCAAAAAUUUUAUCUGUAUUGACAAGAUAAAUGUUUUACCAAAUAUAAGUCGCCUUGUUAGUGACGUUUUGAGUUUUUCUCGCGAGUUGUUCAGAGAAAGUGUUACAAAUUUUAGAUUUUUUUUUCGGAUUUUUUUCAUAGUUUGAUAUGCUGUAUUUUGUAACAUGUUUUACAUUAAGUGCUAAAGGAAAGCCAGUUCGAAAUUAUUUGUAAAAUUCAUUAUGCUGAUAUAGUUAUUGUAACCACAUUCGACUUGCAGCUUACUAUUUGAAAAAUCAAACAUGUUUCGUUUUGAAAUAAUAUGCUGUUGUGAAUUUGUUGAGAAUUUUUAACAUAAAAGUUUUUAAAAUAUG